CAGCCAGCAGCAGCAAUGACGAUGACCCGAUCUUCUCAUCUUUCUCGUCCGCCCACCUUGAUCUCCCUUGCGCACUUCUCCUUUCUCCGGUCGCCAGACAAUAACAUGCGACCCACCCAACUGACACACGCCAUCUAUAUUUCCGAUACCUUGAUAGAAUGCCUACCCGAUUCUCCAACACCCGAAAGCACCGAGGACACGUCUCGGCCGGUCACGGUCGUGUCGGAAAGCACAGGAAGCAUCCGGGAGGUCGUGGUUUGGCCGGUGGUCAGCACCACCACAGGACCAACUUCGACAAGUACCAUCCUGGUUACUUCGGUAAGGUCGGUAUGAGGCACUACCACAAGUUGCCCGCCCACUCCUUCCGACCCACCAUCAACCUCGACAAGCUCGUUUCGCUCGACGCUGCCAAGGUUGAUGCCCCUGAGGGCACCGUCCCCGUCAUUGACUUGUGCCAGCUCAACAAGCACAAGCUCCUCGGAAAGGGCCGAAUCAACAAGCCUUUCAUCGUUAAGGCCCGAUUCGUCUCCAAGUUGGCCGAGCAGAAGAUCAAGGAGGCUGGUGGUGUCGUCAAGAUUGUCGCCUAAGCGGACGGAAGCAUCCCAUUCUGUUUUCCCUCUCAGACGAUGAUUCUUGUUUCGAUGGUGUAUGACGAGAUGACAUGACAGCAUCUACCCCCAAAAGUCCUCGACCGUGUUGCAAUGCCUCCAUGUUCCAAGACUUGUUGGCUGGUUGAGGAUGACGUUUGCGUGACAUCUGGUCGAACUGACCUAUAGCCCGUCUGCCGUCUGAGAGCCUGGUAGAUGACGUCUGAGAUGUGCUGUUUGGGCGACGCGUAUCGCUUGAGCCGGGCUCGGAUGAGUGUGAUAUCGUCACCGAACCAUCUGAUCUUGCGUUCAAGCUCGUAUCUCCAACCACAAUCAAGAGAUUGCAACACCUUUCAACCAUAUCUACGUAGCUGAUCCACCAAAGAUGUCGAACAGUGGAACAGCAAAGGACCGGA